AAAAAAAAAAAAAAAAAAGAAGAACAGGAAAGGCGAGGGUUAUAAUUUUUAGCUGUGAAAAGAGAUGAUUCCGCAGCAAUGGGCACCGCCUUGUAACAAUCAGUGCACCCAUAAAUACGCUGCUCUCAUGCAAAUCCCUUGGAGAGUCUUCUGCAAAAAAGGAUGUGAUGCUGAUGGCGAGACAUGGGAUGAAUGUUUGUCAGAAUGUGAGGAAAUAUGCUAUAAAAAUCCAGUUCUGAAGGAUCAACAGUGGAGUGCUUACAUUGAUCGAUCCCCUGGUGCUGCCAGCUGCUCUGAGGAAUGCUUUCAUGCUUGUGUAGCUGGCUGCGGAUACAAGUUUGAUGUCCCUUCGCAAAAAGUCGAUCAAAUCCAUCCGAGCAAGCCUCUCAAGCCUCCUCUCAAAGAGAAGCCGGCCAUGCCUGCUGUUAAAAGAAUACCAUCCCUUGAAUCCAGCCACACUAUUGAUGAUGUACCUGGGACUUCAGCGUAGCAGCAGUGGAUCUAACAGUUAAGAUAACUGGGAAUCUAACAAUAGAUGUAUUCGUCAAGUAUGCAUUUGUUUUAUUCUACUAGUAUUACUAGCAUAAGUUCUAAGUUUUGGGUCUUUUGGAAACAUUUUUGAUAGUCCAUUGGAAAAUUGGCAAGAAUUUUAAGGCUAACAAACAAUCAUAGACAAGUGUCUCAUAAUAUCAUGAGAAGAACUUUCUGUACUACUUAGCAAAACAAGUAUAAUUUCUCAGUUUUGUAACAACA